AUUUCAAGUCGGGCUUCAGGUCAUUUCCACAGACCGGUAAUUCUAGUUGCUGAUAUAUACUUUGAGUUUUUAUUGACUUCAUGUAGGAGUAUUUAAGUGUGUUUUGUACAUAAUGUGUAUUUUAAAGUGCACAGACGGAUAGAAAAGUUUAAUUUAAAGAACGAGAAGGUUUGAAGCCGGACUGUAGAUAGGAGUCGGAGGACAGGUCACCCAGUGGAGUUGACCUUUAAGCUAAAGGUCGUUGGAAGCUCACAGAUCCCAAAUGACAUUUAAAGCAAACUUGAGCUGCGAAAACAGCUGCUUAUAGUCUCUCAGUAUAAAACCCACAUCCCUCUGUUUGUAACCAACGUGUCGUUUAGCUCAGAGAAACACAAAAUCAAAAACUCCUUAUAAACAAAAUAAUAAUUAAAGACCUGCAGGACGUCCAGAGGCAAACCAGAGGGUUAUUUCAUGUCAGAAAGUUCUUCUUCACAAUGUGGUUAAAGCUUAUAUUACAGAAGAGCUGUGAUGUCACCACAGUGCUGCCGGGUCCCUGUUGACCAACAUGCUGCAAACCUUCCUGACUGAAUGGAUAAAAGACCUGAGGAGUUCUUGUCUCAGUGUGUUGGUCUCUACAGCUGAUACCCGACACCCACCCACCGACCCCCAAGUACACACACUCGUCCACGUGGCUGCACACACACACACACACACACACACACACACACACUCACCCACACACAAAUAGAUCCUGUGGCCUGGGUAUGAAAAGCACUUGGCUGGUAAUGAGGACGCUCAUUCACUGUCCCUCCUCCGCCUGGUGAACACGCAGCCUGCCCCCCCGACCAGACGGGACAGAAGCAGCAGCAGCAGACAUGUCGGACCAGUCGGCCUUCGACACGGACGUAUGGACCCUGACCCGGUUCAUCCUGGAGACCGGGCGCCAGGCCAAGGGAGCGACGGGUGAGCUGACCCAACUCAUCACCGCCAUCCUGACGGCCAUCAAAGCCAUUUCCUCCGCUGUGCGCAAGGCAGGCCUGGCCCACCUGCAGGGCAUGGCCGGCUCCGUGAACGUGACGGGGGACGAUCAGAAGAAGCUGGACGUGCUGUCCAACGACCUGGUCAUCAACAUGCUGCAGGCCUCCUACGGGACCUGCUGCCUGGUGUCUGAGGAGAACGAGGAGCUGGUCAUCACGCCCAAAGACAAGAGGGGAAAGUACGUGGUGUGUUUCGACCCCCUGGACGGCUCCAGUAACAUCGACUGCUUGGCCUCCAUCGGCACCAUAUUUGCCAUUUACAAACGGAUCUCAGAGGGGGAGCCCACAGAGAAAGACGCCCUGCAGCCGGGCAGCAGCAUCGUGUGUGCCGGCUACGCCCUGUACGGCAGCGCCACCCUGGUGGCCCUCAGCACCGGCGCCGGCCUCAACUUCUUCAUGCUGGACCCUGCCAUUGGUGAGUUCAUCCUCAGCGAGAGGAACGUGAAGAUCAAGCCGAAGGGAAAGAUCUACAGCCUGAACGAGGGCUACGCCAAAUACUUCCACCCGUCCAUCAACGAGUACCUGAAGCACAAGAAGUAUCCAGAGGACGGCAGCUCUCCCUACGGGGCUCGGUAUGUGGGCUCCAUGGUCUCAGACGUUCACCGCACCAUCGCCUACGGAGGGAUCUUCAUGUACCCGGCCAAUGAGAAGAGCCCGAAGGGAAAGCUGCGGCUGCUGUACGAGUGCAACCCCAUCGCCUUCCUGGUGGAGCAGGCGGGGGGGCUCGCCACCACCGGCACCCAGCGGGUCCUGGACGUGCAGCCUGGGGCGCUCCACCAGCGGGUGCCCUUCGUGGUCGGCUCCUGUGACGACGUCAACGAGUACCUGUCCUUCGUCAAGAAGUUCCCAUGAAGGCUUUAACACACUUUACUAUCAGCAGACAAAGUACUACUUUUGAAUUAUUAAAAUAUUAAUCAUAAACCCAGAGUCUGAAAAAAGUUUCAAACUGCAAAUUGUUGAAGAAUUCAUUAUAUGACUCAUCAUAUUGUAUAUAAACAUUAAACGUACACUAUUUUCCACAAGAA